AGAAGAGCAGCAGGCGGACAGAAGAGCAACAGAAGAGCAGUUUGAUACGUGUCUCUGAGUGAAAUGAAUGUGUUGUGAAGGUGAAUAUGGAUGAAGUGACUGGAGCUCAGCUGAUCGCUGAGGCGCUCAAAUCUCAGAAUGUGGAGUACAUGUUUGGCAUUGUUGGCGUGCCUAUCAUCGAAGUGGCCAUGGCUGCCCAAGCAGCGGGCAUCAAGUAUGUUGGCAUGCGCAAUGAACAAGCAGCCUGCUAUGCUGCAUCUGCUAUUGGGUAUUUGACAGGACGGCCAGCUGUGUGCCUGGUUGUGUCUGGACCUGGGCUGAUUCAUGCGCUUGGAGGAAUGGCCAAUGCUAACAUGAACUGCUGGCCUGUCAUUGUUAUUGGCGGCUCAUCUGAUAGGAACCAAGAAACCACAGGAGCGUUUCAGGAGUUUCCUCAGGUUGAAGCCUGUCGUCUGUAUAGCAAGUUUUCUGCUCGACCAAGCAGUCUUGAGAUGAUACCAGCUGUAGUUGAAAAAGCUGUAAGGAGCAGCAUUUAUGGCCGUCCAGGAGCGUCCUACAUAGACAUAGCUGGAGACAUGGUGAACGCCAAAAUAGACAGGGCCAAUGUCAGGUUUGUUUCCUGCUGUCCUGCUCCUCCUGUGAGUCAGGCUGAUAGCAGGGAGAUCACACAGGCUGUCAGGCUGCUCAGAGCGGCUCAGAGGCCUCUGAUCAUCAUCGGCAAAGGUGCGGCGUAUGCCAGGGCAGAGAAGGAGGUCAGGGAGCUGGUGGAGGUGACUGGGAUCCCUUUCCUUCCCACACCUAUGGGGAAAGGAGUACUGCCAGAUGACCACCCUAACUGUGUUGCUGCGGCCAGGUCCAGAGCUUUAUUGCAGGCUGAUGUUAUAGUGUUGCUGGGUGCCAGACUCAACUGGAUCCUGCACUUUGGUUUUCCACCCAGAUUCAGUCCCCAUGUGAAGAUCAUUCAGGUGGAUCUGUGUGCUGAAGAGUUGAGUAAUAAUGUGAGAGCCGCAUCUGCUCUACUUGGAGACAUAGGAGCUGUGGUCAGACAGCUGUUGGAAACUGUAAGAUCCUGGAGAUUUCCUUCUGAUUCACAAUGGUGGUUGACACUGAAAGAGAAAAUGACUGCCAAUGCUCAGAUAUCAAAGAGUCUUGCUCUCCGGUCCACUCUGCCCAUGAACUAUUACACAGCAUUCCACCACAUUUCUGAGCUCCUGCCCAAAGACUGCAUCAUAGUAAGCGAGGGAGCGAAUACUAUGGACAUCGGCCGCACCAUGCUGCUCAAUUACCUCCCACGACACAGGUUAGAUGCUGGUACUUUUGGCACUAUGGGAGUGGGUCCAGGAUUUGCCAUUGCAGCAGGAGUUUUGGAGCAGACGCAGAAGAGCGCUCAGAGAGUGGUGUGUAUAGAGGGAGACAGCGCCUUCGGUUUUUCUGGAAUGGAGGUGGAGACCAUGUGCAGGUAUAAACUGCCAGUCAUCAUCAUAGUAAUCAACAACAAUGGCAUCUACAGUGGAGUGGAUCCAAAGACAUGGAAAGAGAUGGAAAAGAUGGGAGACAUGACCACCAUUGCUCCUCCGGUUACGCUGCUACCAGAGGCACGGUACGAGCAGGUGAUGAGUGCGUUUGGGGGUCGUGGGUAUCUGGUCCGAACAGUGGAGGAACUCCGCAGUGCACUACAGGAGAGUCUGAACAACACACAAAUGCCCAGCCUCCUCAACGUACUUAUAGACCCAGCCUCAGACCGCAAACAACAGGAGUUUCCCUGGCUGACACGUGCAAAUCUGUAGAGCUGAGAGAGAUAUCGGAUGAGAUUGGAUCAUAUCUUGAUGACCAAACGCUGUUUCUUUCACUACAUUUGGUCAAUUUACUGUAGGUGGCACCAUUUCCUAUAAAAA